CACUCUGCAAUUAUAGUCUCUCUCUCUCUCUCUCUAAUAAGUCCUUCAUCAUCUUCAUCUCAUAGGCGGCGAAACAGAGAGAUACACAUAGAGAGAGAGCUGAAAUUUUAUUAAUGUGAGAAGAUCUUCUUCCGACAUUUUUCUCUUUCCAAAACACUGUUCUCAACCUAGUCGGAAAACACAAAGAUUGUUUUCCCGACAAAACAUCUGAUAAAACAAAAUAAAAACCAUCUCCGAAUCGAUCUCAGAAACAGAGAAACAGAGAAGCAUUCACUUCUCAAAAAGGAAUAAACUUUGGUACGAAGAAGAUGGAGAACAAGAAGACCAAUUCAGGUCUCACCGUCUUCUUCUUCUUCUUCUUCCUCUUCUGUCUCGUCUCCGUCACCUCAGAUCUAGAAGCUGACCGACGAGCAUUAAUCGCUCUCCGUGACGGCGUCCAUGGUCGUCCAUUGCUCUGGAAUCUAACCGCACCGCCUUGUACUUGGGGAGGAGUACAAUGCGAGUCGGGUCGUGUCACAGCACUCCGAUUACCCGGUGUUGGUUUAUCCGGUCCGUUACCGAUCGCUAUCGGAAACUUAACAAAGCUCGAGACUUUAUCUUUCAGAUUCAAUGCUCUUAACGGUCCUCUGCCUCCUGAUUUCGCCAACCUUACUCUGCUACGUUACUUGUAUCUUCAAGGAAACGCAUUCUCCGGCGAGAUUCCUUCGUUUCUCUUCACUCUACCAAACAUUAUCCGGAUCAAUCUCGCCCAGAACAACUUCUCGGGUCGGAUCCCGGAUAAUGUUAACUCCGCGACCCGUUUAGCUACUCUUUACUUGGAGGAUAACCAACUUACCGGUCCGAUCCCGGAGAUUAAGAUUCCGCUUCAGCAGUUUAACGUCUCUUCGAAUCAGUUAAACGGGUCGAUUCCGGAUCCGUUGUCGAGUAUGCCCAAAACCGCUUUUUUAGGCAACUUGCUGCUCUGUGGGAAGCCGUUGGAUGCUUGUUCCGUCAAUGGCACCGCCACUGGAACCGGUACUGACACGCCUGGAAAAGGCAAAAAGGACAAGUUAUCUACCGGAGCUAUUAUCGGGAUAAUGAUCGCUUGUGUCUUCGGGCUUAUCUUGCUUUUCUUGAUCCUGUUCUGUCUUUGUAGAAAGAGGAAGAAAGAGGAAAAUAAUGUGCAGUCGAGAAACAUCGAAGCAGCUCCAGUUCCGACUUCAUCAGCCGCCGUAGCUAAAGAAUCAGCGGAUGUCCCUCCUCCGGUGGCUUAUGGUAAUGGUGCACCACAUUCAUCUGAGAAUGGUUCAUCUAAGAACCUUCCAGUGAGUAAAGAUCUGACGUUUUUCGUGAAAUCGUUCGGCGAGUUUGAUCUCGAUGGAUUGCUUAAAGCUUCCGCGGAAGUACUUGGUAAAGGAACGUUCGGAUCAUCGUACAAGGCGAGCUUCGAUCACGGUUUAGUGGUGGCGGUGAAACGUUUGAGAGAUGUGAUGGUGCCUGAGAAAGAGUUUAGAGAGAAACUGCAGGUUCUUGGAUCAAUAAGCCAUGUCAAUCUUGUGACGUUGAUCGCUUAUUACUUCAGCCGCGACGAGAAGCUCGUUGUUUUCGAAUACAUGUCGAGAGGAAGCUUAUCCGCACUUUUACACGGUAACAAAGGAAGUGGUAGGAGUCCAUUGAACUGGGAAACAAGAGCCGGUAUAGCGUUAGGAGCUGCAAGAGCUAUAAGCUAUCUCCAUUCGCGUGACGCGACAACAUCUCAUGGAAACAUUAAAUCUUCUAACAUUCUCUUGUCUGAAUCCUUUGAGGCUAAGGUCUCUGAUUACUGUCUUGCUCCUAUGAUCAGCCCUACUUCUACACCAAACCGCAUUGAUGGUUACCGAGCUCCUGAAGUAACCGACGCUCGUAGAAUCUCACAAAAGGCUGAUGUUUACAGCUUCGGUGUUCUCAUUCUUGAAUUACUCACAGGGAAAUCUCCAACGCAUCAGCAGUUACACGAAGAAGGAGUAGAUUUACCGAGAUGGGUUUCAUCGAUCACUGAACAACAAUCACCGUCGGAUGUGUUUGAUCCAGAGCUCACAAGGUAUCAAGCAGAGGGGAAUGAGAACAUGGUCAGGCUUUUAAAGAUUGGUAUAAGCUGUACGGCUCAGUAUCCAGAUAGUCGUCCUACAAUGCCUGAAGUCACGAGGCUCAUCGAGGAGGUUACUCGUUCAUCUGGUUCACCAGGUCCUUUGUCUGAUUGAUUGAUUUGUUUGUUUUUUUUUUUUUUUUCCUUUUUUUCAUAUGGGGUCUAAAUUGAUCGUUUACAAAGUUGUUUGGCUUAAAUUUGAAUUUCUUUAUAUAGGUUGUUGGGUUUUUUUU